CUGCGCAUGGAGCCGGCGGCGGCCGUGCCGGGCAACCUCUCCCGCGGCGGCGGCAACGAGAGCGGCGGGGCGGCGGCGGCGGGGACGGGGACGGGCUGGUCGGCGGCGGCGCUGGCCUCGCAAGCGGCCGCGCUGCUGCUCAUCUUCGCCCUCUCGGCGCUGGGCAACGGGGCGGUGGUGCUGGUGAUCGCCCGGCACCGGCAGCUCCGCACGGUCACCAACGCCUUCGUGCUGUCGCUGUCGCUGUCGGAGCUGCUGGGCGCCCUGCUGUGCCUGCCGCUGGCCUUCCUCAGCCUGCUCAGCCGCCCGCCCGGCGCUUGGCUCUUCGGGCAGCGCCUGUGCCUGGCCAGCGCCGCCCUGCACGCCGGGCUGGGCAUCGCCGCCACGCUCACCAUGGCCCUGCUGUCCUUCGACCGCUACUGUGCCAUCGUGCGCCAGCCGCGGCACAAGAUGGGCCGGCGCCGCGCCGCGCAGCUGCUGGCCGCGGUCUGGCUGGCGGCGCUGGCGCUGGCCGGGCCCUGGUACGGGCUGGCGGGCGAGGGGCACGGCGAGCCCCGGCCCGGCGCCUACCGCUGCGUCUACGUGCUGCCCUGGGGCUCCUCGCGGCUCGGGCCGCCCUACGGCGCCGCCCUCAUCGUGCUGUGCUACCUGCUGCCCUUCGCCGUCAUGUGCUUCUGCCACUUCAACAUCUGCCGGGCGGUGCGGCUGGCCGAGAGCCGCGUGCGGCCGCUGACCACCUACGGGCACCUGCUGCGGGCCUACGGGGAGAUGCGCACGGCCACCACGGUGCUCAUCAUGAUCGUCUCCAUCAUCUGCUGCUGGGGGCCCUACUGCGUCCUGGGGCUGGCGGCCGCCGCCGGCCGCUUGCCCUUCUCGCCCACCAUGGACGCCGUGGCCAGCGGGAUGGCCUGGGCCAACGGCGCCAUCAACCCGCUCAUCUACGCCGCCCGUAACCCCAACAUCUCGGUGCUGCUGCGGCGCAGCCGGGAGGGCGGCUACAGGACUCGGAACAACGUGGUGGCCUACCUGUCGGUGCCGGGCCGGCAGCCCGAGCCCCGCGGCCGCGCCGAGCGGGUGCGGGAGCGCUACAUCAACCGGCAGAGCGCCGGCCCGGGCAGCGGCCUGUCCUCCUCCAGCCCGGCCAGCGGCGCUGAGCUCGCCAUGUGGGCCUGCAAGACUCCCGCUGUGCUCUUCUGCCGCGACGGGCAGCCCGACACCGCCUCCGAGGCCCUGAAGGCCAAAGCGGGCGCCAUCGACACCAGCCUGUGAGGGGAUGGGGCAUGAGGCGGCUGGACCUCCCUGCAGAAAGCCCUGGUGCUUGGAGCCCCUUGCAGCCGGAUUACCAGCACGGGACUGUGUUUCUCCACUCUGUGAGCUCUGGUUUGGUGACCCGAUGUCCGAGCAGCAGGAGCUGCACAGGGAGGGAAAUGCCUCUUUUGAGCCCGGCCAAGCAAGAGCUCGGCUGCCAGAACAGGACAGCGUUGGCUCCAGAGCUGCAGAAUGUGCCACUGUGAAGCUCCGACACACCAAAGCAUCCCAAAGUGACUGAAUGACUGUGAGAGCUGCUUGCUAAGUGCCCAAAAAGCGAUUGAAAGCUGAGCACUGGCAGCUGGAAGCCACUCUGAAAACACCACACUGUGAAAACCGCUUCAUGGCAGGAAAAUGUUGCUUUUAUCCCGUUCUGUGUGGAAGUGCCAAUAGUCAUAAAGUCACAGACUGCA